AUGUCAAGUGCAGAUUUGUAAUCAGGAAUGCUCCAUAUCCACCAACUCAUCAUGUCUAGUAGUAGUGCUAACAAGAAUGAGCGUCAAAACGCAACAAAUUAGCUUGUAAACAUGAAGUUAGAUGAACCAACCACUACCAUUUUGCUGGCUUACAUUCAGAAUCAACAAUUUGAGAUGAGUCCCAGGCUUAUUGCUGCAACUUAACUUAAAAACAAAAUAAAAGCUAUCUAUGGGUCCGGAAAUGCGGGAUUGGACGGAAGCGGUGCAGCAGAUGAUGUUUCAAACUUGAUUGAUGAGAACUCAGUCAACAUAUUGCAGUCAUCCCUUGUCAGUCUCAUGAUGUCAUCUGAGAAGUUGAUAGCUGAAUAGUUUCUUGAGGUAAUUUCACUGAUGGCUAAGAGAUUCAUCUACCAAGUUUGGCCUUCUCUUGUUCCAGAGUUGAUUAAUCAUUUGCAAACCACUCAAAGUCCUUUGAUUAUUAGGUAUGCGCUUGAGACCUUCAAAAAGAUUUGCAAAAAGUACAGAUACAUGUUUAGAUCAGAUGCCUUAUACAAGGAGAUCAACUAUAUGAUUGAGAAUUUAUCAGGAUAACUAAUGAUUCAAGCCUAGAAUUGUAUUAAUAUGAUCCAACAAAACUCCUAGGAUCUUGAGGCAGUCGAGACUCUAUUUGUCAUUUUGAAUUCAAUUCUGCAUAUAAUUGAGAGUUUCCUUGCUUAAGAAGAACUACCAGACUUUUAUGAGGAAAACUUGGAAUAAAUUGCUUCAAUUCUAUCAUUUGUGAUUGAGUGUGAGACUUGCCUUCCAAGAGUUCACAAUCUACCAAUUAUAAAAUGUAGAGCAAAGGUUGUGAGAGUUGUUCAUGUCUAUUAGUUCAAAUUCAUUGAAUACUUCUAAAACUAUAGUCAAUAUUUCUUUGAAAAGAUAUGGGGUAUGGUUAUUAACAAACAGGUAUAAUCCUCUAAAGCUAAUGAGAAACUCAUUCAUGCCAUUAUCAGAUAUCUUAAUGAGAUGUCUUCACUUCCCAAUAUCCAGCAAUUUUUCCAAGCAAAUAUGGUCCCACUUUUUGAGCUUAUCAUUUUGCCAAAUAUCUCUCUAACAGAGGAUGAUGUUGAUGAAUAUGAAAUGGAACCUGAGACUUAUAUCAGGAAUGAUCUUGAGGAGUCAGACACUGACACCAGAAGAAGAUAAUGCAUGAGAUUUGUUCAAUCUUUGUCAAAGAAAUUCCCAAAUGAUGUCAAUAAUCUGAUAGGUAACUAUGUGAAUCAACUUCUAGGAGAGUAUCAGCAAAAUAGAAAUAAAGAAUGGAUGAAAAAGAUUACAGUUUUAAACCUUAUAAUUACUGCUUCAAUAACCCAGUAUACUUAUAGAUCAGGAGCUGAAAGUAUUCUCAUAACUUUUGAGGACUUAGAAAAAUAUCUAUAAUCUUUGGUUUUCCCAGAGCUUGAAGAGACUAAAAUUGACAACAUAAGCAUUCUCAAAGCUACUUGUAUCAAAUUUAUCUAUAUGUUCAGAAAUUAGAUCCCAGAUCACCUUGUUCCCAUGUUCGUAAACAAAAUUUCUGACUUCUUAAAAAGCGAUAGCUAAGUCAAUUAAUCAUAUGCUGCUGCUUGUAUCGAGAAAUUACUGAUUAAGAAGUGCUCUAACGGCUAAGGCAUGAUUUUCACUCCAUAAAAUAUUGAUCAAAAUAUGGUUAGCAAGCUCUUAUAAAAUCUAUGUGAAUUGCUCUAGAAUAACAAGAAUCUCUAUGCUAUCAGAUCUCUCUUCAGACUGAUUCAACUAACUCAAAAUAAUAUUGUACCUUUCGCAGAAGUGCUCGGACAAGUCUUGGCUAACUUUAUUAUGCUAGCAGCCUAAGAUGAGGCUCAGACUAGUCCUAACUAUCUCUAUAUUUUGUUUGAGACAGCUUCUCUCACAUUGAAAUACGUGAAAGACAAUUUAGAGGUAUUUGCAAAAGUUGAGGAUUCUCUUAGUCAGUCUUUGAACUUUGUAAUUGAAAGAAAUAUCACUGACAUGAUCUCUUAUGCUUUCCAAAUUUACUCAUUGUUUAUUGCAAACUCACCUACCCUCAAGGAUGCCUAUGUAAUGCUUACCCAAUCAAUUUUGACAAACUCAGGAAACUGGGGCAAAGAUAUGAAAUACUUAAUUCCAUCACUGGCUUAAUUCCUCAUCGCAGUUAUCUUCAAGUAUCCAGAUUUAUGUUCUUAGUACAUCUCAAAUAUUCAGUAGAUAAUAAUCAACCUUAUCGAUGUGAAUAUCAGAAUGGAAUAAACAAGUCUCUAAAUAGCCUCUGCAGUCUUUGAAAAAUUAGGAGUACCUAACCCAGACUUCUUGAAGCAAGUACUGUUCAACAUUUUCCAAACUAUGCACUUCUACAAAAAUAAUACCAAGGCUAAACUUCUGCCAGUACCAAUCAUCAAAAGUGUCUGGUCAUUUUUCGCAAACUUUAUGAUUUACAAUGGCACUCAGUCAUUAGUAGAUAGUACUAAUCAAAUAUAGCCAGGUAUCAUAAUGAUGAUAAUGAAAUCAGAGGGCGAGAAGAUCAGAUUUGUAAACAGCCCAGCAAGAGAUAAGAAGUAUGCAAUAGUAGCUUACUCUUAAUUCAUCGCUGAUACUCUAGAUAUAAUUACUCCAGAGGUAUUAAGCAUUCUUACAAAGAGUCUUAUUGAUUUGUGCUUUAAUCAAAGUAAUUCUGGCUUCUAAGUUGCAAGUACAGUGGGAACUGAUACUGAAGAUUUACUCUAGGAUGGAGCGAUUGACCAGACAUUCGCUUUCCAAAGGUCAACAUACAUUCAGUUAAAUGCAGCUAAGAUUGACCAGUCUGAUAAAUUAAGUUAGUAAGUUCCAGUUCCAGAGCAAAUGAUGCUAGGGGUACUUUUACAAGUACAGAAUGCCAAAAAUGUAGCCAUCUCCAGUUUAAUUGAUGAUGACAAACAUAGAAAGUAAUUACAUCAACUCAGCUCCUUUUACAAUGUUCAAAUUAACUGA